ACCUCUCUACGUGAUCGCAGUUUCACAGAAAGGCUCGGACAUUAGACGGACUUGCUGUUAUAUUCGUGUGAAUUUUUGACUUUUUAAGCAAUCAAUAUGGCCCAGAGGAUGUGCCUGCCACUGUUCCUGAUAGCUCUCGUGUAUUCGGGUAGUCGAGCAACCUACGUUGAGGCUGUUGCUGGAGCAUUUGACCUUUCCAAAGGUCACCCGGCCCCAAGAAUUGCCCAGUAUUGCGGUAGUGUGAGUAUGCACAUAGACCUCGUGACUGGUGAUUGGGUUGCCGAUUCCGACAGAUAUGCUGACUGUCAAGACAAGAAUACAGAAAUACUGAUUAUGUAAAAAGAUGUACCCAGAGCUGGAGAUAACAAAUGUAGUUGAAGCCAAUGAAGAUGAGACCAUUGCACAAUGGUGCAAGAUUGGUGGUACUAAAUGUAAACAUUCCCAUAAAGUUACACCAUUCAGAUGUAUAGUUGGUAAAUUUGAAAGUGAUGCUCUGAUGGUACCCAAUAAAUGCAAGUUUGCACAUAUCCACGACUCGUCGGUGUGUCUAAGUCACGACAAGUGGCAAUUUGAAGCCAAGGAAUCGUGUACGACUCGUGGUAUGGAGUUGCAUGACUAUGGUAUGCUGCUGCCAUGUGAUAUAGACGUCUUCAGUGGAGUGGAAUUUGUAUGCUGUCCUAUUGAUGAAUCUGCAGAGAAACAAGAGACUGAGGAGAUCGUUGAAGCCGAACCAUUGGUCAUUGAGGGCAUUGACUUGAAAGAGGACGAAGAUGAUCGGUUCUUUACAAUGGAAGGUGGAAAUCCAAACGAGGAGCACAACGAGUUUGAGAUGGCACGUGAACGCCUCGAACAGCAUCAUCGUGAACGGAUGUCAAAGGUCAUGAAGCAAUGGGAAGCUGCUGAGGCGAACUACGAGGAGUUGAAGAAAACUGAUGCUGUGACAGCCGAGAAGGAAAGAAAGGGUAUGAUGGAGAGAUUCCAAACCACUGUGAUGUCAUUGGAGCAAGAAGCCGAGAACCUAAGGGAACAGCUACGUGAUACGCAUCUACAACAUAUUGAGAAAAACAUCAAUGAGAAGAAGCGUGUGGCUUUAGAGGCAUACACCAAAGCAUUGCAAGCAAUCAACCCCAAAUCAAAAGACUUGCUUCAUGGACUUCAGAAGUUUAUCCACGCUGAGCAGAAAGACCGCCAACAUAGCCUGCACCACUAUGAGCACACAAGACAGACAAAUCCCAAGAAGGCAGAAGACAUGAAACCAGCGCUUUUGGAGCACAUUCGUGAGGUUGAUGACCGUAUUAAUCAAAGCAUUGAAAUGCUGAAGGUUCAGUUGCCGGAUAUUUAUUCCAUUCUCAAGGAUAAAAUCAAUGAAAUCGUAGACAUGUAUGACAGUGAAUUUGCCGACUCCUCCCUAGUCCUCAGACCAGCGCCAGUGGAAAUAGUCACAGAAACUGACACCAAGACAACGGUUGUUACUGAACCACCAAAAUAUGAGGAAAGUCAAGAAAGUGAAGAAAUUGAACCAGAAACAAUCAUAGACUAUUGGGAUGAAACUGGUGAUGACAGUGAUAUUGAUGACAGUGAGAGUGAUAAUGAGAGUGUGAUUGUUGAGGAAGAGAUGGAUGAAGAGGUGAUGGAAAUGUUGAUGACAACAAUUGCACCUGACCUUACGACCUAUGAUGAGGAAACAAUGGAAGAUGAAUCUAUCCUUCCAGUACAGCAGAAGUUGAUGGCAUCUAAGUUUGAUGCAAGCAAGGAUAGCAAGUUCAAAGUUCAAGAAUCAUUCAACAAGCCAUUUGUUGUGAAAAAGAAGAUGACCUACCCACACAAGUCAUUUUUAGCGCUGGGCCUUGUAGGCGGUGCUGUUGCUGUAGCGACUGUGGUGAUUAUUGCCUUGGUUAUUGUGCGUAAAAAGACGCAGCGUGUGCCCGUGAAUAAUGUCAUCGAAGUGGACCCUAAGAUGACGAUGGAACAGCGACACAUCACAAUGAUGCAACACAAUGGGUACGAGAACCCUACGUACAAAUACUUUGAAAUGCAGUAAGGGUUUUGGGGUGUAUAGAAAAUGUUUUCAAAUGAAUCUCUAACAUGUCUCGGCGAAGUAAAUUGUGCAAGCUUUACUAUAAUUGGUUGAAGUUUAUUCUCGCUGAAAACCGAGACUAACCCGAGCUGCUUUUGAGGUUCAUUUGAUUGAGAAGUUUUUGUAAAUAUGCAUGAAGUACCACUCUUCCCACCCUUCUUUUAAAACACUAGUUCAAUCCUUUCCUGUAGAGAAUAGAAUACAGGACGUUCCAUUUCAUUAAAGGGGGUGGUGAAGACUGAAAAUGUAAAAUAUUUAUGGCCAUUUGUGUGUAGUUAGUGACUGUUUUUUGUGGUACAUCAUGCAUAUGUUUUACAGCAUCAAAUACUCCCCAGAUGAAAAGAGAGAGAAUGUUUCCCUUCAUAUUUGUCACUGUACUGCCUAUUUACCAAUCAAGAUUGUAUGUCAUUUUUAAUGUAUUCCAUAUUCUGCAAACUACAGCUGUAAGGGGGAGAAGAAUAAGUUGAAUUGUUCGUGCUAGAAUCUCAAAUUGCUGGCGUCAACCAUAUCACAGAUUCCUUUGGAGACUGUCUUUCUUUCAACUGCAAUUUAUUCAAAGUUGUCUGUGUCACCAUGAUUUGUGCUUACACACCUCUUCCAAAAGCCUAGUCAAGUGGCAUGCAUUUCCUAACCAAUUGUAAUAUCACCCUAUCACCAGAAAAAAAUGUCAUCUUGCUUUGCAUGAAAACGUAUGAAUAAUAAAUAGCUAAUAAAAAAAAUGUACCGUGCUGACGUGUUCUUAAAAAUAUGACGAAUUGUGGAAAUUAUUGUAAUUUUUUCGAAAGAGUCUGAAUGUAAACCAGUGUUUUAUGUAGCCUUUUCUUUUACUGGUGUCUGUUUCUAACCAGUUCCAACCUUUCUUUUUUUUUUUAAUCACAAUCAAAAUACUGGCAUAUUUAAAAUUUUUAGCAGCCCAGAUUGGUGUUAACUUCGCUACUUGUAAUUUUUUUAUUAUUCUGAUUCUAUUAGAGGGAAAGGAAUCAAGUUUUAUUUUAUUGUUUUGUUUUUUAAAUCGUCAGUUUUAUUUUGUAAUUACAAAUAUGUUGAUCACGAUUUUUUAUACGUAGCUUAGUAGUAGACACUGAUAUCUUGUAUAUUGUACCCUCUCAUUGGUCUUACCUAUAUAUAAUGGUCCACGAUAUUGCGAACUUGCUUUGAUGAAGUAUUCACCCUACCUGUUCCUAAUGCCUCCCACCCCUGGCAGUAUAUUAAUAUAACCCAGUGUCACAAGACAAUAGGAUUGUACCAACUGUAUCUAGAUAGAAGGGGUGCUAGGGCUAUGUUUGAUAGGCAUUUUUCGUAACUGUAAAAAAAAAAAGUUAAGUGGAUUGUAUGUUAUUUGGAGUUUACUUCAUGUUAAAGCCAUUUUUUGGUAAAAAUGUACACAAAUUGCAAGUAUUUACCAUUUUAGAUGUAUAAAUAGAAAAUUUGCUGUUAGGUGUUUUAGCAGAUGUAAUUUGGCCACAAAACUUCUGAGUAUUGAGUUAAUCGACCUUGAAGACUGGAGCAUCAAGUCGGCAAACUGAGAAAAGCAUUUAUGACAUGUGACCUGCAUAACCGAUCAGUACACUGUGAUCUUGUGUACUGGAAAGAUACAUAGAUGCGUUUCCUUUCUCAAUCUCAAUCUCAGGCUCUACCUUCCACUCUGGUGGAAAUGUACCAUCUUGUAUGCAAACGUGCUUUGUGAGUGGUCAAGAGGGAUUAAAUUCUGACGAGGACUAGUUGUUGAAUUUUCUCGAUACUCUGUUCAUGACGCAGUGUUGUCUAAUAUCCACUGAUAAAUAAUUAUGCAAAUUAGUAUUGUGAGUUUGGAGUGUAUAUACGCUCGCAUACCAUUAGUUAAGACCACACAGAACCGAUGCACUGGUAUGUACUGUUGAUUGAACUGGCAAUACUUCCAGUACCCAAUAUUUUGAUGCUACUUUUCUUGUGAAAUUGAGUAGUUACCAUACUGGGAAAGAUAUUUACCUGUUCUCAAAAGUCAAUUGCAAGGAUUCUGAAUGCAUUGUAACAUGCAUAGAUCAGACACAACAGUAGCGUGAUGAUAAUUGUUGAUUGCUUUAGAUUUUGUGCAUUCUGAUACCGUCAUUAAAACCUUACCCACAGCAAUAUUUGAAACUAGAUUUAAAUUAUGUUUAUCUUAAUGAUGGAAACAAAUUGAGAUAUAGUGAUAAAUAUUUGCUAAUGUUUCUGUAGUAUGGAAUUUCGUAAAUUCUCAGUUCAUGUGUGGUCUUAUUUAAUGAUUUUUUUCCUGCAACUGCCCAUUGUGUAGUUUAUUCAUUGUGUCAAUAUACAUCCAUGCCAGUGUUAUAUACAUCACUUUUUUAUUAUUAAACUAUACACCAAAAAAAAAAACA